AUGUCUCGAGGCAAGAAGAAGAUCAAAAUUCGUCGUUCAAGAAGUGGUACGACAGCGCAUAUAAAAGGUGAUCAAAAUGGCAAUGAUGACGCUGUUAUGGAUGCAUGUGGAAGACGUAUAGAUGGCAAAACAAUCACUUCAAAAGUAUUCUCUCAUCAUUCGCAUCAAGACGAAGAGUACAUUUGUGAUCACAAGAAAUUCGAUGAAAAGAGCGUCAAAAGGGUAUCACAGCUGUUGUCAGAUUUGUUCGCCACUCAUUUCAUCUUGGCACUACCUUUGCUCUUCUAUGAGGAAUUGCAACGUAUCGAGAUUGAGGUAAUUCGUGCAACAGUGAUGGACUUCAUUGAAGAGGGAUUGGAUCCUAGGCAGAUUAACUCAAUCGCUGAAGACGUCGACACAGAAUCUAGGAUCAAAACACAAACGGAGAAAUACCUCGACAAGCUGUGUCUCAUAGUGACAAGAAUCUCCACAGAAGAUACUUUUGAUCUUGUUUGUGACCUUUCAGCAAGGCAUGGUCGUGAUUUGAAUAAAUGGGGACCUCCUUGUGCUUGCUCUUUUGCCAACUGCUUGGGAUGCUUGCAAACGUUGACCGAAUCAGUACUACAAACUCAACCCAUCAUUCCAGAUAUGAACAAAUUCAGAUCAGACAAGUAUUCGGCAUUUUCAAUCAAAAACAUCCUGAAACGAGAAAGAGCAGCUGAUAUUGGAACAUCUUCUGAAUCAUCGUACAAUCGAUUCGCUGAAACAUGGCAAGCAUUGGAUGAUCUGUUUUGGAAAGUUUCAGGCAAGAUCAAACCUAUGCAAAUACCUUCCAUACGAGCAGCGAUCGACAAGAUCAAGGCAACGAAUGGUGUGGCAAUUUGGUAUGCUGUUGCUUCUCGUGAAUUGAAAACUUGGACUUCAUACGGCAAUAAAGGAAAAGGGAAGCGUGAUCAGAUUGAGACGACUGAAGAAGAUAUCUUGACUGCCAAGAAUCUCAUGUCAAUCUUCAAAUGUUCGGAAAUCACGAACAGCAAAGAGGAGGAUGACAGUGCUCGAGCAUCAUUUGCAAUCAAUGGUCGUAAGCAUCUUGGGACAGUGUGCAAGGAACAGGGAAAUGCUGCCUUUGGAAGAACUUGCUACAUAGAAGCAGCAGAACAUUAUACCCGUGGGAUUGGUUAUGAUGCAGAGAAUGCCGUUAUCCCAUUAAAUCGAGCACAAUGCUCCAUCAAGCUUGAACGAUUUGAAGAAGCAGAACUUGAUUGUUCAACAUCGAUUUUGAUUGACGUGACAAACUACAAAAGUUGGUGUAGACGUGCAAGAAGCCGAUUCAGUCAAGGCAAACUGGAAGAAGGAAAAAGUGAUCUAGAGCACGCCCUCUUCCUUGCGCUUAAUGAUGAAAAGACCUACAAAGAUCGACUUCAGCUUUGUCAAGGGUUUUUGAUGGAAGCCGUGAAGGAAUACGAUCCAAGCAGCAUUACAAGCAAGAAAUGGCAAUUACCCAGCUAUCCAGAAAUUCAAGAUAUGCACAAACACGACCAAACAUCCUCUUCGAGCAAUAGCAAAAAUAGCGAUUCAAGCAAUCGUACUAGCAGCACAACUAUUCCGGAAGUGUCUAUUGAAGAUGUUUACAUGCAAGUACUCUUUACCGUCGCAUUCAGCUUGAUUGUUAGGCAAAAGACUGGUGUUCGUAUAAGAGUACCUAUCUCCCUUUGGAAGAAGCCUGAACGUAUUUCAGAGAAGGUCAGAUCAAUCAUGAUUUGA